CAUACAUUCACACUCAAAUAUAAGUCUUCAACCCUCCAAACCCUAUUCUGUGUUCUCAUAUAUAUCGCCGUCAUCGCCACUACGAGGUUACCGACUUGCCGCCGUUGAUGUUGCUGCAGAUCGAUUACUGUACUGUAUAUCGACGAUUCAAGGCACAUCCUUCCCCUAUUGCAAGAAGCGUUGAAUUCUUCCAUCUUUCAAACUCAAUCUCGACCUGAAAAUGGAAAAUUGCAAGUUGUCGACGGAUCAGGUGGUUGAUAUCUUAUCGAGAUUACCGGUAAAGUCUCUUAUGCGAUUUAAGUGUGUUUGUAAAUUUUUCUAUGAUUUGAUAACAAGCGAUCACCACUUCAUGGACACACACUAUGAGAUUAGCAAAACAAAAACAGAUUGUGUUCUUUUAGAGGCUGGUUGGGCUGUUAGAGAAUAUUAUUUGCUUUACAAAGAAUCUUCUGAGUAUAAUGAGAUUGGAUGCAUAUACUUAGACAUCCCAACAACCCCAAGAGCAAUGUGGGUUAAGUGUUGUAAAGGUAUGUUAUGCUUGAUUUCGACCAGGAAUGAUAUUACUGAACUUGAUCAUGGUGAUUACCUUAUUUAUGAUAUUUGGAUAUGUAACCCAUCCAUUAGGAAAGUUAAAGCCUUACCCUCUGUUACUGUCCCUUACAGACCACCUUAUAAUGCAUUUGUUCUUAAUGAAUUUGGGUUUGGGAUUUCUAAUGACAUGACUUGGAAGGUUGUCAUGCUGGUACAAUUUUGUUCUGUUGAUGAUUUUAGAACUACUCACGAAAUGACGCUAGUUUAUAGCCAAGUUGGUGGUGAUUCGUGGAGUUUGAGACAGAUUAAUCCCGUUACAUGGUGUCGCGAUAUUGAAGGUCAGAUCAAUGAUUUUUAUUUAAAAGGGAGGUACUAUUGGUGGGCUGAUAGGUACGCUCGAUUCUUGAUUUGGUUUGACAUGAAUGAUGAGGUGUUUGGGACGAUUGAAUUGCCAUUGGAUGUUAGUAUCGAUUCAAUCUCAAUAAUGAAUGAGACUAUUGCUUUACUUGGAUAUUCAAGUGUGGAGGAUUCUAGUUGCAUUGAGAUUUGGUUAAUGAUUGAAAAUGACAAUAAUACUUAUUGGCACAAACAAGCAAGCAUAGAUUGUGCUGUAAACCUAGAUAAUAUUGAAUCUUUGACACCAAUAGGAAUUUGGAAUGUGGAUGGUGAAUUGCUUGUAUCUCUAGACAAGACAGUUGAGUGGGAUUCAGAUGAUUCGGAUUCUCAGCAUCCUGAAAGAGUUGUACCAUACUUCAUAUCUCUUGAUUUGGUAACUCAAGAAAGGAAGAUGUUCCCGGUAAGUAAGCAAAGGAAGAGUAUUACCAUGGCUUCAAAUCCAACUGCUGGGGAUUUUCAAGUUUACAACGAAAGGAAUAUUGAUAUAACAGAAGAAUGGGAACCCAAUAUUUUUAUUGGUGACACAUAUGCUCGAGUUUACGAUGAAAGUCUACAUUUUCUCUAAUGGAAGCGCUGGUGCAUUUGAUGUCACAACAAAGGGAAAUUCUUCAUUCUGCAAUUGAGAGAUGUGAAUACUGGAGAUUAUCAGACACGAAAUGUAAGCCUCCAGGAGUUGUUGGCUGGUGGCAAUGAAACAAACUCGUAUUAUAUUGUUAGACAUCCAAUUUUGUAAAUGAAUACGGGCGUCUAUAAAAUGCAGGCUAAGUUCUUAUACUAUUGUCCCGGAAUCAAGCCAUAAAAAUUUUCUGUAGUUUUCUG